CAGGAAACUCAAUUAUACAAUCGAUAAACAAGGAUUGUUUAGUUUUCUGAGUAAAAUUCAUCGCAACCAAGAAGUAUGAAAGAUGUUUUCCUUGAACAAGAGAUAACGAGAUACUAUAUGAGCUGAAAACUGAUUAGAAAAUACUUCCAUAGAUUAUCAUAUAUGUGAAAUGUUAUAAUUAUCAGACAAUGCAUAAUGAUAAACUAAAGUAGUGAAGUGAAGCGUUUAUUGUCACAUUGUCUUCCAUCGUCACACGAUCAAGUUUGAGUGAAAAAAACGUGAAAACUCUUCAGGCAACCGCCCACCUAAUGAUGUAACUCCAAAAAGUCCAAAAAGGCUGGCAAAAUACAUUCAUGAGGGGUUAGUUUAAACUAAAAUCAGCGAAAAUCUAUGGAUUGUAUUGUAUAUUACUAAUGCUUUGCUUGGUCAAGUUCCCUGGUGUUGUUAUUCUACUGUUAUGUGCUUUGAUGUGGGAUUGUUUUGCUGUAAAUGUCUCUGAUUUGAUUCAACCGACUGGUCGACGAAAGGAAUCAUCUUUACUAGGAACAACCAAGAUCCAUCAUUUACCGAAACUAAUUUCGUCUAUCUUUGUUAACUCAACUUCUCAAAGWCCUCUUAAGCUGCUUAGCAGCUUUAAUGAUCACCAAACGAGUAUUUCAAAGCAAGGUGUACAUCACUCUCAAUUAUUUUCGGUUACUUCAGGAAAACGUUUUACGUCAACUUCUUGUUUCCAUGAUGGAAAUACAGUUAUCUGCACWGCGAUAUCUACAAUUUCAACUGCACUGCUUGCCGCAAGCUCUACAGGAGUCUUCAAAAAUGGUAAUUGCUCAUCUGUAAUCACAAACAGCACUCAAAUGAAUACGAACUUAACGGAGGGAAAAUAUCUUGYAAAUCAGACAACUUGCAGUGGAAAGGACGGCUGUUAUCGGUAUGGAGCAAGAUGGAUUAAUUUCUAUGUCGAUAUUGGUGGAUGGAUUAUGCUUGCUGUGGUUUUAUGUGGAAUACUAAGUCUUAUUAUUACUCAUUUUCUGGGCCGCAGACACGCGAUUUCUAACGACUUUUAUAGCGGUGUCAAGAGCAGUGAUGUAGCCCGUCGUUACAGCUUCAUAUGAAUUGUAAUCGUAUAAAACCAUCACUUAGUUCCAAGAAAACGCUUUACAACCAUUCAAGUAUAUCAAAGCCCUCAUUACCACAGAAGACUGGAAAGACUAAAGGAUCAGUUUUACGUUUACACAAUGACAAGUCAUCCUUGCGAGGUUACUUCCCGGUUACUUCAAAUAUACUGAAAGCACUCAAAGCGUUAAGCUUUCCCCUACUUACUGCUUUUGUGUUGGUUGGGCUGCCUGUGAAUGGAUUUUGUUAAUGGACAGAGGAAUUGUUCAUGAGGCACUAUAUUCUUAAUACUACUCUACCAUUCUUUGCUUUUCCUAUGUAAUCAUAUGGCAUAUAAUAUAUAUGAUAUAAUAAUAUAUCAAUAACUUAAACGUUAUAUUAGAGAUAAAUGUAGUCCUCAUUGAUGUUACUAGUUUGGUUUCUAAAGUAGUCGACAUAGCUUUUCUCUUUGAUUAGCAUUCGUUCACAUCUUUGCUUUAUUUCGCUGUCUGUAACGUYUUUCAUCCUGUAGCCCAUGACGUAUUUACRGCUAUACGCCUUGAUCUUCUUCCGUCGCUUGUAAAGACAUGUCUUCUUUGUACGACGAAGUUCUGAUCGAAAAUGUCUCAAGUCUUUAUAGAAAUCUUCUCCCUCCAUUUUGAUUUUUUUCCAUAAAGUAGCUUUAAAAUGAUUGUACAACAUAACGUCAGCUUGAUUCCAUGCUUUUAUCUUCUUUCUUAAUUUACUGGUUAUAAGUUCUUUAUUCCUUUCAAUGUCAGGUCUUUCCAUUAAUUUAAAGUACAAUAUGUCUUCGAUAUUCCAGCACAACAGCCUUUUUAGCAGAACAAGCGAUUCAUCAAAGUGUUCUAGAAUAAUAACUAAAUCGAAUUCUUGAUCAAGGAAAUGAAUGUAGUUUUGAAUUGCAGUUUGAUUUUCGUAGGAUUUAACAGGAAAGCCUAAAUCGAACAUWAGGGGAUUCCUUGAUAGCAGUAAAAGGGGAUUCCCCYCUAUMAUAGAAUACCAUUCAUUGUACUGCAGCCUAGCGCUCAAAAAAUCAUUCAUUGUUUUAAAAGGYGUGUCCUGAUGAAACUCAAAAAAAUAAAAUACCGAAUCGAAGUGGGA